AUGGCUGCAGCUCUGGUGGGGCCAGCAUUUCUCUCUGCUUCUGUGAAAACUUUGAUAGAUAGAAUCAUCUCAAACGAGUUUCGAGAUUUCUUGAGAAAUAGAAAGUUGAAAGUCUCUCUCUCAGGUGGGCUGAAGGUAACCCUAUUGAUGCUUGAAGCAGUUCUUAAUGAUGCAGAGGAGAAGCAAGUCACCAAUGGUUCAGUCAAAGAAUGGCUUGAAGAGUUGAAAGAUGCUGUUUUCGAUGCAGAGGAUUUAUUUGAUGAAAUCAACACUGACUUCCUGAGAAGUAAGGUGGAACAAGAUUCUGAAAACGUCGAGAAUGAGGUGCACUCCUUCUUUUCUUCUUCUCUUGGAAAAUUUUACUGGGGUAUGAACUCCAAGCUCGAAGCAAUGUCAAGUAGGCUUGAACACUUUGCCAAGCAGAAGGAUAUCUUUGGUUUGCAAAGUGUUAGCUCAAGGGGAAUUAAAAGAGCUACAACAUCAUUGGUAAAUGAAUCUGCUGUGGUUGGUAGAGAGGAUGAUCAGGAAAAACUUUUGAACAUGCUGUUGUUUAAUGAAGAUGCAAAGGAUAAUGAUAUAGGAGUGAUCACUAUUUGGGGAAUGGGUGGUGUGGGGAAAACAACCCUUGCACAACUCCUUUACAAUGACAAGGAAGUGGGACAACAUUUCGAUUUGAAGGCUUGGGCUUGUGUUUCAAACAAUUUUAAUGUUUUUGAUGUUACCAAGAAUCUGGUUGAAUCUGUCAAUUCAAAAGUCUAUCACAAUAAAAAUUUAGACUUACUUCGGGUUGAACUGAAAAAUUGCUUGACCAAUAAAAAACUUCUGCUUGUGUUCGAUGACAUAUGGAAUGAUAAAUAUAGUGAUUGGGAUGAUCUGGUAACUCCUUUUCGCUGUGGAAGAAGGGGCAGCAAGAUCGUUGUAACAACUCGCCAAAAAAGAGUUGCUGAAAUCACACGUACGUUUCCUGUAUAUAACUUGACUCCUCUCUCAAAUGAAAAUUGUUGGCAUUUACUUGCCAAGCAUGCUCUUAGAAAUGAAGAUCCCAACAAAUAUACAGUGUUAGAAGCAAUUGGUAAGAAAAUUGCAAGAAAAUGUGGUGGUCUACCAAUAGCUGCCAAAACAAUUGGAGGUCUUUUGCGUUGA